AUGGGCAAGUGGCGUUAUGGCGUCGUCCUAGACGCUGGAUCGUCUGGGACUCGUGUACACGUUUAUCGUUGGUUGCGCAAUGCGGUGGCUCGCCAGAAGGCCGACGCAAAUGACUUGAGAUCGCUCCCCGAGAUCAAAACCAAGGAGGAAUGGGUGAAGAAGAUCCAUCCCGGUGUUUCUUCUUUUGCCAAUCGACCCGAGUCUGUCGGAACUGAGCAUCUGGCGGAGCUUCUGGAGCAUGCGAAAAGCAUUGUUCCCCAGGAGGAUGCCAGAGAUACCCCGAUUUUCCUACUUGCGACGGCCGGCAUGCGAUUGCUUGGAAACCUUGAGCGACAGCUUCUCCUUGAUCAAAUCUGCAGCUAUGCUCGUGCCAAUACCGACUUUCUACUCCCCGACUGUGGUGUUCAUAUCCAGGUCAUCCCGGGCGUGACGGAGGGACUGUAUGGAUGGAUCGCAACAAACUAUCUGAUGGAAGCUUUCGACGCGCCUGAGAAACACGACCAUGGAAAAGGACAUUAUACAUAUGGAUUCUUGGAUAUGGGUGGUGCUUCAGCGCAGAUUGCAUUUGCGCCGAACGCUACGGAGACGGAGAAGCACGCCAACGACCUCACUCUUCUACGCCUCCGGAAUAUUGACGGUUCGGUUCAAGAACAUCGAGUGUUUGUCACCUCGUGGUUAGAGUUUGGUGUGCACGAAGCUCGGCGUCGGUACGUGGAGGCGUUGCAGGCCGCAGCGGGUCCCGAGGCCCAGGAGUUGCCAGACCCCUGUCUGCCAGAGGGGUUACGCACCACGUUGGACGGCAAGGAUGCUGUGCCCACCAACGCUGCGGGACCUUCUCUGCUCGGUACGGGCAGAUUCGACGAGUGCCUGCGACAGACUUACCCUCUACUGGACAAGGAUGCACCUUGCUCGGAUCACCCGUGUCUUCUCCAUGGUAUUCACGUCCCGGCUAUUGACUUCGACGUGAAUCAUUUCAUCGGCAUCAGUGAAUACUGGCACACAACUCAUGAGAUCUUCGAAAUGGGAUACAAGGACAAGGCCUAUGACUUCAACACAUACCAGGAGCGUGUCAAGACCUUCUGUUCGCAGGAUUGGGCGUCGAUCGAAGACGGCAUCCAGGAACACAAGUGGGGAAAGAAGGUGGACCAACAAAAGGCCAACGAGGUUUGCUUCAAGGCAUCGUGGAUCAUCAAUAUGUUGCACGAUGGCAUCGGAGUGCCUCGGGUCGGUCUUGAAGAUACAUCUGGCUCGCUUCAUAAUGGAACUAAGGAGGUCCUGGCUCACACCAAAAAGAAAGGGUAUUUGGAUGCCUUCCAGGCUGUAAACAAGAUCGACUCGACCGAGGUGAGCUGGACGUUGGGCAAGAUUGUUCUCUACGCAUCUUCGCAAGUACCGGCCCAAGUCGAGGAGGCCGCUCUCCCCGUUGGAUUUGGCAGCAAUGUUCCUGGGAUCCCUCCCGAUUUCCAGUACCCCAGCGUGGAAUUGCUUCCCGAUUCCGAGGGAUUCCACAGUGAACACUGGCAUGACGCGCUGUUUGAUGGAGACUCCCCCGCCGUAUUCCGGGCAUUCUGUUUGGCUGGCUUCUUCCUAUGCGGCCGCAGCCGCCGGUCACGCAUCUACCUGAAGAUCAACAAUUUGCUCCGUCCAUCCCAUCCUAAUCACCCGAAAAAACGAAAGGGAUUCGGGGCGAUGCUGCCAUUCCUGAACCGAAAUGGUGUUGCCUACGAGCGUGUCAUGGAAGAAGGCGCGCAAGAUUUUGAACUUGGCGUGACCGACUCCGACGGCAGUGAUGCGGAUCCCGGCCGGGCCUCCGAGGGUGAUUCCAUUGGCAUGCGCCCACCGAAGCGAGCGUCCAGCUGGGGUAGCAGCAGCAACCCGCCCGGCUUGAAAUAUACACUUGACAACACCUCAUCUGGCACCAUUGGUUUGGGGAUCAGCGGUGGCUCGGGGAUUGCCAUGGAUCGGGCAGGCUUGGUGGUUAGGACGGAAAGCCGAGAUCACUUGGCUCCUAUCGCUCUCGGUCCUACCACUAAUGGCCGUCGAUCAAGAGCUACCAGUCCUACACGGUCUCACCAUCAAAAAUCCCCCAGCAUGACUCCCCUUGCCGAUGAUUAA